AUGUCCGCCCCAGUUUCUCUUCAGUCAUUUGCGCGGCGAGGCGCUGCGUUGCCAGCGCGAUCGAGGAUACACCGACGAGUAGCCAGAGAAUCGUUAUCAUCGUUGACGACAACCCCUCGCUCCGCACCCCGAACAAGAUGUUCCGCCGCGCCAGUUGCCUCGGUCCCACGUCCCGCCAUACGAGCUUUCACCACUACCCGUCCCAGCAACUUCGCAAGUGUCGACGAGAGCUUUGAUCCCAAAUCUGUUGACCGUGAGAGUGACGAGGUCGAUGUCUGCAUAGUUGGAGGAGGUCCUGCCGGUCUGAGCGCCGCCAUCCGGUUAAAGCAACUAGCCAACGAGAAUGGCAACGAAGACUUCCGAGUGCUGUUGCUUGAGAAAGCUGGCGAGGUCGGCGCACACAUUGUCUCUGGUGCCGUCAUACAGCCUGAUGCGAUCAACGAACUUUUCCCCGACUGGCUCGACGAGGCGAACGAGAACCGCUUCCAGCAUGCCACCCCUGCCGCCGGAGACAGGAUGAGGUUCUUGACCAAGUCGAGCGCGAUACCAAUACCGAUACCGCCGCAGAUGAACAACCAUGGAAACUACAUCGUCAGUCUGAGCCAAUUCACACAAUGGCUGGGAGAACGUGCCGAGGAGGUUGGCGUCGAGGUAUACCCUGGCUUUGCAGCCUCCGAAGUCCUGUACAGCCCCGAUGGAUCAGUCCAAGGAGUUGCCACGAAUGACCUCGGCGUGGCACGGGACGGGAAACCCAAAGACAGCUUCGAGAGAGGUAUGGAGUUCCAUGCCAGGGUCACCAUGUUCGCCGAGGGAUGCCAUGGCAACUUGACCAAACAGGUUGCCAAGAAGUUUGACCUGAGAAGAGACAGCCAACACCAGACGUAUGCCCUGGGCGUGAAAGAGGUCUGGGAGAUUGAACCUGAGAAGUUCAAGAAGGGCGAGAUUGUCCAUUCCAUGGGAUACCCGUUACCGUCGGAUACCUAUGGCGGUGCAUGGAUGUACCACUUCGGGGACAACCUCGUGAGCAUUGGACUUGUUGUCGCCUUGGACUAUUCGAAUCCGUGGCUAUCACCUUACGGUGAGUUCCAGAAGAUGAAGGAGCACCCCUUGUACAAGUCUGUCCUCGAGGGUGGAAAGUGCAUUUCCUACGGCGCGAGAGCUCUGUCCGAAGGCGGGUUCCAAUCGAUACCCAAGGUCGCCUUCCCUGGUGGUGCGCUGAUCGGCGACUCUGCUGGGUUCGUCAACGUCCCCAAGGUGAAAGGCACACACAACGCCAUGAAGUCUGGUAUGCUUGCUGCAGAAGCUGCGUAUACUGCCCUGACGGCAGGAGAUUCUGGGUCUGUUUUCUUAUACGACUACGAAGAAUCGCUCCGAAAGUCGAGUAUUUGGAAAGAACUGAAGGAGGUCCGAAAUAUGCGACCGUCCUUCCACAACCCUCUGGGACUCUACGGCGGGGUCUUGUACUCCGGCCUAGAAGCCUAUCUCCUUAAAGGACGUGUGCCCUGGACUCUGAAGCACAAGGAAACCGAUUACGGAGCUACGAAGCAUGCGGACCAAUGUCCCAAGAUCGAGUACCCGAAGCCAGAUGGAAGGAUCACCUUCGAUAUCUUGACAAGUGUCUCGCGGACGGGCACCAACCACGAGGAAGACCAGCCAGUACAUCUACAAGUGAAGGACUGGGAUGCUCAUGCUCUGGAGACGUGGCCCGCCUACAAGGGCUUGGAGAACCGGUUCUGCCCUGCUGGGGUCUACGAGUAUGUCGAGGAUGAGUCAAAGUCGAUCGGCGUCCGGUUUCAGAUCAACGCUCAGAACUGUAUCCACUGCAAAACUUGUGACAUCAAGGCUCCGCAUCAAGACAUCAACUGGGCAGUUCCACAAGGUGGCGAAGGGCCUAAGUACUACAUGACAUAA